AAAUACAUAUUCAAAUGUGGAAUAUUAUUCUCAUUCUGUUAACUAAUUGGUAAUCUGUGUCUGUUAUAAUCAGUGCCAAAUUAGAAAUCUCCCCAUAAUCUAAAGAAAUGUAAAAAUAUAGAUCAAUAAAUGUGAAAUUUCGACGAAAAUUACGGACUUGAUCUCAGAUCUAUUCUGAGAUCCAUAUUAGUCCAAUUCUUUUACUUUAAAGCUGAUGAUAGCUCCGUAAAAACUAUUGAGACUUUCGUGGGGAUUCUUUCAAAAAGACCAAGGACGCAACUAAAUGCAUGAUGCUGUCGAAGUUUCUGCGAGAAGCGGGUCGAUGUACGUCUGCGUUGAGGAUUAAUUUCCUACAGGUGUCAUUCAAGGGGCAAAAGAUAGCAGUCCCUAUGAAACCCCUAGUGGUCCCUGCCCGGGUCAUGUCCCAAUUGAUCCCCCCCAGCCAAUACGACAUGCCGUGGUCCAAGAAGUUGCAAAUCUUGUAUGUGAUGCGGACGUACUGGGAGACUAUACCGCUGUUCUUAACUACUUUCUUCGCCCUUUUUGUUCUGUUCUGUGCUAUCAGUUGGGCUUGCAACAAUAAGGUGGACAUAGUUUUUUCGGCCAACAGCCGUGCCAACAUCUCCCGCACCAUGGACCUGCGGAACCCCAGCAUCCACAAGAUGCGUAUCAUCAACCAGCGAUACCCGCCCUGGCCGGAACUGCAAGAUACCCUGGACAAGAUGAAGGAAGCUGAGAAGAGGGCGUUGACCCGCGCGCAGACCUGUGCUACGCCUUGAAGAUUUUUCAGUGUCGUCUGUUUUGUGUGAGUAAAUUUGUUCAUGUACCUAAUUAAACGUUUUGUAUUCGCUUACGCAUUUCGUGAA